AUGCCCCGCCGCGCCCGCUCCAAGUCACAGGUGCGAGGUUGCGCUCGCGCUCGCUCUGCAGAGCCCUCCCCUUCCCCCUCCCCCGAACGGCCACCUGCCAAAAAAACCAGGACUCACCGUGGCUCAUCCUCCUCUUCUCGUAUCCCUCCAUCCUCGCCGCCACCAUCCAACUCAUCUGGUCAAUCCGGUCAGUCAGCUAAAGAAAAAGCACCUGGUGCCCCACGUGUUGAGUCAGCAUCCUUCAAAAAGCAGUGCGACCGAGUUGCAAAUUUCAUCACACGCACUGCCGGUCUGUACUCUGAGAUCGACGAUGUUCUGCAAAUCGCGAUCUGGAGAGCACUUGAUGGCAAGGCAAGUGCGUUCGGGACCACACUCCCCCACUCCCUCAAGAAGAAAAUGCAUCAUAUGUCCGAGGGCAAGCUUCUGUGGCACGACAAAGUCUUUGACUUCAUCGAGUCAAGUGCUCCGGCUGUCCUCGACUUGCUCAAGACCACAGGUAUGAGCGACGAGCUCGAGAAAUGCAUCAAGAAGAUCUGUAACCAAGUCAGCGUCACGAGGAGUAUGGACUUCAAUCCCAUCAAGGAUAUUAUUGGUCAGUAUGCCGCUAUCAACCACCAGAGGCCCCUCGAUCCAUACGUCGGCAAGGGUGUGCCUCGUGAUAAGUGGGGCUUUAACCAUGUCCAGCUCGGAAAGCUCCUCUGUCCGAUAGAGCACCUCCCAAAGUAUCUCAAAGAUUCCGACAGAACACGUGCUAAACUCAAGGCGGGCGACCUCAGCCUGAGAAGCCUUCCUUCCUUUGUCUUCGAGAGUAGUGGGGAGCCAGGUAUGCAUUCGGACGGAGGCUAUGAUAAGGAUGAUGUUGCAAGAGGCAUGUUCAAGGGAUUUCUCCUCGUACGCGUUGGCAAGCACAUCAUGGUUGCUCCGAAAGCUGCCUUGAAGGAGGACCCACUACCACUCUCUUGUCGAAGCAAGGGCUCGAUAAUGGACACACCCUGUAUCAUUGCAGAACACUUGCCAUAUCUUACUCUCGCGGGGCGCUCGGCAAUGUCUACUCAGCAGUGGGGAGCGACUGCCGACGGAGGCUAUGUCUGGGAGAAGGAGUACAACCGGAUGCUCGCGCUUGUCUGGGACCCACUCCACGAGGAGGAGAUUGCUGAUGCCUUACGUUAUCUGAACCUAAAGAUUUUCGGCCAUGAAAAGGGCGCUGUUAACGACUCCUCGGAUGACAACAACGACGAUGACGAGAAGAACAACGAGGAUAGCUUCUAUGUUCGGCUCCGGGAGCAAGCAAAGGCCAAACAGGCUGCUCGCGAGCGGGCGCAGACCGGGCUUCGGGCCCGCACUGCCGACAUCACACUCCAGGCCAAUGCUGACCAUGCUGCGGCAGGGGACCUCUUUGACGCAGCAAUGAACGAGCAAGUUACAGGGAAUGAGGAGACGGAGACUCAUGAGCCUUCCCAGACUCAUGGACGUCCACCCAGCAGCACCGAGUCCCGCGCUCGUGACAGCUCGCCCAAUGAUAAUGACAACACCCCAGAUCGUCGCUCUCAUGAACAUCGCUCCCAGGCACCACCUUCGACAUCGAGUUCUCUCUCUGCUCGUGAUGGUCGCCGCGUUCCUCGCCCUGCGGAUACCAACACCAAAUUGGUCGUCAAUGAAGAGGACGUCAAUGCCGCCUCGCGUCUGCGUGUGAGGGAAAGGACUCAAAAGUCGUAUGCGUCAGGUGGAGGAAGGACCUCUACUCGGUCUCGCCCCUCUCAUCCAGUAUCUGCGGCUAACAUUAGCUUUAACGACAAGCACGUAUCAGAGGCGGAGCUCUCUGAGAAUGAGCAGGUACUCCCUCCGAAGGCCAGUCGCAGCAAGAACACUUCCUCAGGCGGCGGCAGUGGGAAGGUGAACCCACAGUAA